CCUGAAAGCAAAAAACUCUUCGCCGUUAUUGUUGUUUCUUACGCCAAAGAAUAUUCCCUUCUUCUCUUUCGUCAAGAGAUCCCAAAAACAGAGUAACCAAAAAAAUAUCUUCAUUGAUUCUUCGUCCUCUGUUUUUGAUUCCGCUUUCGUGCAAAUCUCCUGAAACAGUUAAUCUUUGGGACAAUUGAAGUCUGGUCUCUUGUAGUUAUAAUCAAAGCUUAUAAUGUCAAAUAUGGAUCCCAAUUCAGUUAUACCAAAGAGGAGUUUCUUACACCAUGAGUUGUUUUCGCAAUUACAUAUACCCGGAAGCUUCGCUUUCGAAGCAUUUAGUUGUAUCUCCAAGUUUACAGGAGCUUUGCUUUGUUGGUUUUCACAUGGGAACUUGCAAAAGGAAGUAUCUAAACAUCAAUGGGGAUUAACUUGUAAGAGCUCUGAUUCUUCGAAGAAUUUGAAGCGAUUUGCAUUUGAGCAUCGGAACUUCUCUGUGUUCCCAUUUCACUAUGUAUCAAAAGAUAUUACUCCUGGCUUCUUUGGAAGUAUUUCUAAAUCCACUAUUCAGCAUUUUGUUAAUGAAGCUGAGAGGCUACAUUCGUGUUCUGUGCUCUCCUUGGCUGCGGCGUUGAUACCGUCUUUGAAUGUUAUGUCUGCUUAUGGACAUGCUCUGCCUCUAGGGAGUAAUGAUGUUCAACUUUCGGAGAAUACCGGAAAUAGGACUUGUCAGGUUGGACAUGAGGAAUAUAGUGGUUUGAGUUUUCACAAAUUAGACUGGACAAGACAAACAGUGGAGCCUCGAACAGGGAUCGAGUUCCCGAUGUUGUUGAAGGAGAAUGCUUCGCGAUCGAACUCUGAGGUGCUUGUUGCAACUGGAUCUCGGACAAUGAAAAUUAUCAGAAUUAAAUCUCUAAAAGUAUAUGCAUUUGGUUUUUAUGUUCAUCCUUCCUCGGUCUGCCAGAAGCUUGGCCGAAAGUAUGCCUCGGUUCCAGCGAGCAAACUUGACAAAUGCGAUGACUUAUACAAAGACCUUCUUAGGGAGGAUAUUGUUAUGAGUGUGAGGCUUGUGGUUAACUACAAUGGCUUGAAGAUCAAUACUGUGAGAGAUGUUUUUGAGAAAUCUCUGCGUGCUCGUUUGGUGAAGGCAAAUCCAAAAACUGAUUUCAAUUGUUUGAAUGAUUUUGGUUCAUUCUUCAGACAAGACAUUCCAAUACCCGCGGGAACAAUAAUAGACUUUCGACGAACAGAAGAUGGACAACUAAUCACAGAGAUUGGCGGUAACCUGAUUGGCGCUGUCCGAAGCAAGGAUCUUUGCAGAGCAUUUUUUGGUAUGUACAUUGGAGAUGUUCCGGUGUCAGAGCAGACAAAGGAGGAGAUUGGUAGGAAAGUGGUGGGAAUCAUAAAGAGAUGCUGAAAUUAAUUACUUGUUAGACGUCCAAUGGCCUCUGAGUUUUAGAAGAAGGCAAUUGGGUUAGAUUUACGCAGUCAUGUCUAGCUGUUGUUAAAUCAAAUUACUUUGAAAGCAGCUUGUACUAGAUUGUCUUGAUUUGUAUAAAAGUAUGUUCUAGUUGUUCUAUUCUUUUGAUGAUGGAAAAGAAGAAAUUUCGCAUCUGAUUUA